GGGGCGGGGCCGGCGCGGGAACCCGGCGGGGUCACCGAGGCGCGCGAGGCCGCGGGCAUGGCUGCGUGGCGCUUGGGAGGCGGCCUCGGCGCGCGUGGGUGCCGGGGCGCCGCCAGGCUCCUGUGUCCCCGUUUCCAGAGCCGCGGCCCCCAGGGCGUGGAAGACGGGGACAGGCCACAGCCUUCCUCGAAGACGCCCAAAGCCCCCAAGAUCUACACCAAGACCGGAGACAAAGGGUUUUCCAGCACCUUCACGGGAGAGAGGAGGCCCAAAGAUGACCAGGUGUUUGAAGCUCUGGGAACGACGGACGAAUUAAGCUCAGCCAUCGGGGUCGCCAUGGAAAUAGUCACAGAACGAGGCCACCCGUUCGCCGACGAGCUCCAGAAAAUCCAGUGCUCGCUGCAGGACGUCGGCUCCGCCCUGGCGACCCCGCGCUCCUCGGCCAGGGAGGCGCACUUGAAGCACAGCACGUUCGAGGCGGGGCGCAUCCAGGAGCUGGAGCAGUGGAUCGACACGUACACCCGCCAGCUGCCCGCGCUCACGGCCUUCAUCCUACCCUCCGGGGGCCCGAGCAGUGCGACGCUGCACUUCUGCCGGGCCGUGUGCCGGCGGGCCGAGAGGCGCGUGGUCCCCCUCGUCCAGUCGGGAGAGACGGACGCGAACGUGGCCGUGUUCCUGAACAGGCUCAGCGACUACCUCUUCACGGUGGCCAGGUACGCAGCCAUGAGGGAGGGCAGGCAAGAAAAGAUCUACAAGAAAGACGACCCGGCCCCCCAGACCUGACGGGAGGUGCGAGCAGAGGCGCCGGCAGGCGGGCAGGCAGGGGACCGUGGGAGGAAGGAGGAGCCCCCUCGGUGCCAGCGCCCCCACCCCCGCGCCUGCACCCCGGAAACGGCGGCUGCUUCAGAGGCCGGGCCCCGGCCCACCUCAGUCUCCACAGAGGGGCGAGAAGACCACCCCAGGGAGCAGGGCCCGGAACCUCAGGCCCGAGAGGCUAUUGCUGCCAGCCAGGUCACCCGUCACCUGCCCCCCGCCCUGCCCCAGCACCCCUGCGCCAGGUCUGAACCCCGAACUUGGGCACAGAGGCCCAGGUCCCUGGGGUGGACAUUAGGCCCCCUGAUAAGUGCCGGGAAGGACCCCCCCGGGAAAACAAAGAAUAAAAGUGGAAAAGAG